UAUUCUUCUGAGUAAAGUCUAGAUUUUAGUCAUAAAACUGAUGCUUUAAACACGCGAUCAAGACAAUAUGGGCCGUUAAUCUUUUUUUCCAGUGCAGUUCCUCGUGCAGUUGGGAGUCUCCGAGCGCAGCCAAAGGAAUUACUUUGCGUGGCUGACGUCAGGAAUACCUCACCAGCGGAGCGCGGCCCACUGGCGGUGGGCAGGGUGCUGCUGCUUCUGCUGCUGCUGCUGCUGCUGAGGGGAGGAUAUGAGGAGCAAUCGUGGAAGAGGACUCAGUCCGACCUUGUCUGGCUCACAAGUCCCUGCGCACGGUAGUGCGUAAACGCUGCUAAAAUAGUUGGCGGCGUUUAAAGCCCCUUCAGGCGCGUACAACUCUGGCCUUCAUUCAUGUUUUUUUUUUAAUUUUGCAACACAUCCACGUCUGGGUAAUGUGCACAGGAAUAGAUCAACACUACUCCAACCCUCUUCCGCAUAUUGGAUUUCUAUGCAAAGAGAAGGUCGCCUGUGUUCCUCUAAGGAUUCGGGAAAUGAAGACAGCUGCUUUCACGGACUCGGUAAUUUUUUGACUUUUGAAACGGUUUCUGUGCAGUUUUAAUCGAGGAAUUUCUUCAACUCUCGAAGCAUUAUUUCGCUUCCCCUGACUGGGAUUACUCGUAGCAUCGCUUAUAUCUGAAUAUAACCAGAGUUUCGGACAAGCCUGUGCAGAUCAGUGUACGGUGCACACAUUUCGAUCAUAAUGCAUUUUAUUUAGGACACAACCCGUCUGUAUAAAGUGCCAAAUUGAGCCGGAAUGGCGAGCGAGUGUAAUCGCAAUAUCGUGGAAAAGUAUAUCUGCCAUAAACUCUCCAAACGGGGCUACGUGUGGCGGUGUGACAACGUCCGGGAUGAAGAUGCUGCUAAUAACGGGUCGAUAGUUUCCCCUCCGCCGACUUUGGUACACCGGUGCCGCGAAGCCAGCGGGCCCGACGACAACGAGAGCGUCCCCAACCUGCGCAGGCGGCUCAACCCUCAGCCCGACCCGUACGCCGCCAUCCACAGAGUCCUGCGCGAGGCUGGAGACGAACUUGAGAGACUGUACCAGCCGGACUUCACGGAGAUGUCGCGGCAGCUGUACCUCACCUCCACCACGGCGCAGAGGAGGUUCGCCGAGGUGAUAGACGAACUGUUCCGGGACGGGGUGAACUGGGGCCGGAUUAUCGCAUUCUUCGAGUUCGGGGGCACCGUGUGCGUGGAGUGCGCGGCCAAGGAGGACAUGACGUCGCAGGUGGACAACAUCGCGGAGUGGAUGACGGAGUAUUUAAAUGGACCUCUUAACAGCUGGAUAAAAGAUAACGGGGGAUGGGAUGCCUUUGUGGAGCUGUACGACAGACAGAGGGAGUCCGUCUUCAGUUGCUCCUGGCCCUCCAUCAAGACGGUCUUCGGCCUGGCCGCGCUCGGGGCGGCUAGCCUCACCAUCGGAGCGUACCUUACGCAGAAGUGAAUGAGUCCCGCAGUCUUUCAGCUCGACUUUACUCUCUCAACACCCUCCUCCUUCUCCUCGUGCCUCUCCUUUUUUAAGAGACGCUCCUGACCCCUCAGAGACAACCUUCAGACUCUUCUGAAUCUGGCCCUCUCUUCAAAGCCUUUUUCUCACAGAAAACUCCCUCUUCCUCACCCCUCCAUGUCAAAACAGACACAAAUCAAAACAAGUGAAAGAACCAGAUGCACAGCCCAUACAGAGCACAGGACGUCUUGAAAAGAGGCAGCUUAGAUGUAAUCACACUAAGCUGACUACAACUGUGGAGAAAGGAGGCAUCAGUGGUAUGCAUCUAUCUUUUUUUUUUUUUGUUCUGCCUGCUUCUGUACUAGUUAUAGCAUGAACAUUGAGUGUUAGCGUUAGACUGUUGCAUGUGUCAGACCUCAUGCAAGACCUCUAUUUGAAGGCCUUGAUGAUGGGGGAGGGGGGCGGCGGCGGCGCAGGGAUGACAAUGAUGACGGAAGCGGCCGCAGCCCCGCCCCUGCUUGUUAGGGUGAUGCACCCCGUUUGAACUAUGGACUCCAGUUAGCCCCCCCCACCCCCACCCCCACUUCCCCCUGCAGCCGUCCUUCAAAGGACUUCCUCCACAGAACAGCUGCUCAGAAUGUAUAAUGGAAACAGCUUGCUUGAACCAACACAGUGUGCGUCUGCUGCUUUUCACUCCUCAGACAGCUCCAGUGAACUCUGCACCAUUAUACUACACUCGGCCUUUAAUAGAGGACAGGCCAGUGGAAGACUGAGCUCAGCUUUUUGGAAGUUUUUUGAAAGCUCCUUGACUGUUGGUUUUAAUUUUUUUGCAACAUGCCAAAACCCCCAACAGAGAAAGAAGGAGGGUUAAAAAAAAAAAAGGAGUAAAAAACAUACAGAGGAGAAACCUGUCGUUGCAGAAAAAUGUCAUAUGCUGAUGAAUAUAUUGAGAGAAAUGAUGAGCACAGCACAAACGAGUGAGGUAGAAGUAAAAUAAACAGUGCGUUUUGCAUCUCAAGAAGGGAGCAGGCCCCUGCAACAUAAAGAGCGCAUUCCUCAAGCGAUGCGUCAGAAACCCCUGCUCUGCUAAAUUAUUCUCCCUCAAAACUCAAAAACCUGCCCUUGCCGUUAGCACCAAGCGACUCUAAAAGCUAUCAGACCUUUUCUGUUUUCUACCUCUGUUGCAGUUUUUCCUACACUCCCUUCACUCAGUCCAUCUGGGGUCACCCAGGUUGUUCGGAGCUGACCUCCAUCAACUCACGUCCUCCAGCUGCUGAGGCCUCACAAGCAGCUCUGUAAGAGCUAGAAGCUUCUCUGACGAGGACGGUUGUUGACAAGAUAAAAACCCCUCGCUCGGACACAGACAGACGACUGAGUGGAACACCACGGCGGCAGGGUUUCAGCUCAGUGUGUGUGUCCCAUGUGCUGGAACCUGAGAUGUCCCUUCUCUCCAGUCUACAAAUGCAUUCAGCCAUUGAUUUGUUCCUUUCAGCCUUUUUUUUUUUUUUUGUUAUUGAUGUUCGUCUUGUGUUACAGUCUGAUAGAAAAUUUGGAAAGGCUCACACAGGCCCCAGAAUAUUUUACUGUAUACAAUACUUAACAAGUUUGGUUAUGGAAAAGUGAUUUUAUUUCUCUGUUAUUAAAAAAAUCUUCAACUUCUUUGUCACAUGGAUGAAAGAUACUUGUCUUCACACAAAAAAUAUUAUGUGUAACCAUAUUUAUAACAGAAUAGGGUAGAGGAUAACAAAUAACAACAAAGAAGUUGCAUUUUCUAUUUAUUGAGAGGUACCAGAUCACAGAUUUUUAACAGAACUUUGAUGAAAAAUCAGUUGUUUCACUUUUUUUUUCUUUCCUUUUCUAUGGAAUCACACUGUAACUACAUUAUUUCCUGGCUGCUAUUAUAACAAGACAAAAUGUUUAAAAAGUGAACUUUUGUGUCGUAUUAAUAUUGGCUUAAGGCUGCUAUACUGUUGAUUUUAACUUUCACUUACAGCUUAAACUGCCACUAAUUUACAGUAUAGUUCUAGAGAGCUGGAAACCAAAGUUAACUUGUAUUAAUCCUUAAUUUAAAAAAAGAAAAAAAAAACAAGAAAAAAAACAAAAACAAAACACGAACAUAAAAUAAAAGUAGCUUAAUAAGAAUACAUGUUGCUUCAGCUCACUGAGAGUCUGCUCGGUGAGGUUUUGUGAUCUCUCUGUGGAGGGUUUGUCUAGUGUUACUGUACUAUAUCCGCUUAACUUUUGUCAGCUUUGUGCUCCGACAACAAGUCAGUGCUUUUCUGUAAAACGUUGACCUGCAACACCUAAACCUUGUCUCAGUUAUCACUAAAAAAAGACAAAAAAACAAAACAAAAACACACACUAUUCUUGUUACAACAGUUCAUGGUGUGUGAUAUUCCAGUUAUGUGUAUGUAAGAGAGGAACAGAGCGUGAUUUAUGAGCAGGAAUAGGAUCAGUUUAACAGCAAUAUACUGUAAUUUUCUUUCUUUUUUUAAAAUAUAUUUUCUGUGCAUAUAUGAAUGUAGGCACUAUGGUUGCUGUACUGUUUUAUGUCUAUAAUCGCAAACCUGUAGCACUUAAGAAAAAAAAGUGAAUUGUGUUUCUGUUGUUUACUGCUAUAUCCACGAUAAGCUAGCGGGAUCAUAUUGUUCCUAAUAAACCAGAUUUCUCAAGCAGCUACAGUCCAA